UGAGGCCGGUGAGAGAGCUGUAAGCUUCUGCAGCGCUGCGGAAGCAGCAGAAAUACCCCGAUUCCAAGCGGCCAGCACUGGAAAGGAAGGGCCCGGGGAAGAGGGCCUGUAUUGCCGAAAAAAGUUAUGAAAAUUAUCAAAAAUGAAUAAGGAUAAUUCCAGUUCCAGUGAUUCUGAUGAAGAAUCUAAAAAGUCAAAAUCUGACAAAUCAUCCAUCCCUUUUAUAGAAGCUCAAGCAGAGUUUAUUGCUGCCGUCGUACCUACAGUUAAUAUUCAGGAUGAACGUACCAUUGACAUAACCACAUGUCCCGCAUUUAAAUGUCUAGAUGAGUUAUUUGCUGCUGGAAAAAUACCUGGGACCAGAAUGGCUGAGUUGAAAGCAAAGUAUACUUUGCUGCAUGAGCUCCUGAUAAGCAGCCAAGAGUCUGAGCUCCAACUACUGCAGGAUGCCAAAAAAUUUACCGUGGAUAUAGAACAACUACAGCAACGCCUGGAGAUUGUUCAGACAUUUCCAGUUGGAAAGGGCUCUGAGGUCUCCAAGAUGAGAGAACAACUUCUAAAGUACCAAAAUGAAUAUAAUGCAGCAAAAGAAAGAGAAUUCCAGACACAGUAUCGGCUGGAUAGCUUAAAAGAAGAAAAAAUGAUUGUGCAAAGGGAAUUUGAGAAGAUACCUAAACCUGGAGAAAUGGAGAAGAAGUUGAAACAAUUGAAAGAAAGCAGUGAAGAGUUACGUAAAGAAGUAAUGCAAAAGAAACUAGAAAUUAAAAACUUAAAAGAAGAUCUGCAGUACAAGCAAAAACAGUCACUAAAGGACCAAAAAGAACUAGAUGAUUUAUUAGAAGAAGAAGAUAAUUUAAAGGAUGAAGUGGUCCGCCAUCAAAACAUCCCUUUGCAACUUGGAAAAGAAAUAGACAAAAUAGUCCGAAAACUACUAGAUACCGAGAAGAAAAGAGCAGUGUUGGUAGAUCAAGUAAAUGAGAUAAGUGAAAUUCUCAAGAACUCAGAACACAAAGUUAAUAGUUUAUUGACAGAGAAGGAGGAGGUGUUAAAGGAAGUAGAAGGGAAGAGAGCCCUACUUGAAAUCAAAGAAAGAGAAUUCAACCAACUGACAAAAUUAUUGGACUUAACCAAAGAAAAUGAAGCCAGUUUAAUGACUGAAAGAGGGAUAGCGGAGCUCAACUUGCGUAACUGCCUCAUUGACAAGCAUAAUUUCCAUGAUGAGGUCACUCGUAAGCAGAGAGAGAAAGAUCGAGACAUCAGAAAUUUAAAAAAGAUGGAGUUGCUCUUGAAAGUAAGCAUGGAUUCACUGGCUCAAAUUCAAGCACUGCAUCAGCGACUCACAUUAGAGAUGGAUAGCAUACCUAAAGAUGAAUCGUUGAUUAUGGAAAAGAGGAAAGACCUCCAAAAAGAGGUUGAAUUAGCUAAAAGGAAUUUGGCCCAGCAGAAAGUUGUAACAGAUGUGGAAGCCCGAUUAUUAGAACAAUACAUUGCAGAAGAAAGCAAGCUUUUUAAGGAGCAGGAAUUCUUCAGAGCACAAUUAGGAAAUCUUACCCGUCUACAACAAAUCAAAAUAGAGGAGAGAGAAAAGAAAGCCAAAGAUUACAUAAAAGCUCAGCAAAAAAUUACCAGCAUCAUUAAAGAAAUCAAAUCCAAGGAUGUUGAACUCAGGAUAUAUAAGAAGAAAAAACGUGAACUUCAUCGAAGGUAAAAGAAUCUCAUGAACUUAAAUCAUAACAGUGACAUCAUUUUAAAGACUGUGAGAAUGACAAAAUUACAAAAUUCUCUGCUGAAACGGUGCAACAACCUUACAAUCAAAGAGAGCUUGGAAAAUGAUGUGUGCAAAGUUAUAAAGAUACUUCAAGAAAGGAGAGAGAAAAGAGAAGAACAAUUAAACAAUAUUGACAGACUUGCCAAUGUGGUCACAUCCAUUGAGGAAGAGAUGGUACAGCUCCGGAAAAAAUAUGAGAAAGCUGUUCAGAGCCGAAAUGAGAGUGGCGUUAUACUGAUUGAACGGGAGGAAGAGGUAUGCAUUUUCUAUGAGAAGAUAAACAUUCAAGACAUGAUGAAGAGAAAUGGAGAUAUUGAGUUACAUAUAUUAGAAGAAAAACUCAGAUUUCUGAAGCUGAAAAUUGCUGAGAGGCAAAGAAAGAUUUAUGUGUACCGGAAAAUGUUGCCACUGAAGAGAACUUUGGAUAUGGAAAUAGCAGUCCUGCAGAUUCAGUUCUCACAAUGUACAGACAGAAUAAACUUGUUGGAGAAAAAAUUUGUAGAUCCUACUGGAGAUAGAGCUCGCCUCCUGAAUGGAAAAGAUCUGACUCCAAAGGAAAUGCUCUCCAAGAUAGAUAAGCUGGAAUUCCAUCUGGCUGAGAAAGAGGAGAAGUUACUGGAGAAGGAGUUCCUCUUUGAACAGGUGGCCCGACUUACAGACAGACUCCGCACUAGAACGGAGACCUGCAAGCAGGAUACGCUUCUCUUGGCCAAAAAGAUGAAUGAGUAUCAGAAGAAGAUAAAAGAUUGUACCCACAAAAUGAUGGCUCUUGUGGCAGAGCUGUCCAUGCAGCAAGCACUCUCUCUUGAACUACAAAAAGAAAUGAGGGACAAACAAGAGUUCCUAACAAGUUGCAUUGAAAGGAUAGAACAAGGGCUGCCACUCAGUAAAGAAAUUGAGGAAGACUGGCUGAAGGUGCUGCGAGAUGAAGACAUGCAUCAUUUAGCUGUAGCAGAAAGGGCAAUGCUUCAAUUGGAAGAGAAACACAACUUGAUGGCUUCUGGAGUUUACACAACAGCCAUUCAGCGCCCAAAUGCCUACAUCCCAGAUGCAGAAGCCACACUGCCUUUACCCCGUCCUUAUGGCAGAGCACCUCCCUUCAAGCCAACUGAGCCUGGUUCCAGUAUGAGACACAUAAAAAAGCCUACUAUAAAACCAAUUGAAAUUUGAAUAGGUAAAACAGAAAAGAGCCCAAGGUCAAAUUUUCCCAUGCCUUCAAACGGGCUUGCAUUAAACUUACAGCUGGGAAACUAUGAGCAAAACAAAAUCAACAGGGCUUUCACAAUAUUCAACAAAUAGGAACAGGUACACACCAAUUCACUUACUUUAGGCCCUCCUGAGGAAGGCUAUUACUAUCAAAAACCACAGAUAUAUUUCAUUUAUCAUUUUUAUAGAAUUUAGAAUUGUAGCUAACAUUUUGGCAAAGUAUUUUGAUCAUUUAGUUAUUUUCCAGUUGUAUGCUGACCACUGUUCAGGUUAAGUUUCUCUUCAAACCUGAUCCUACAGCUAGUUCAGAAUUUUCUAAAAAGAAAAUCAAAUUCAACCCAGGGUGGUAUAUUUUUUAAAAUUAAAAAAUAUAAAUUAAUUCAAUGGUACUAUACUUGUUCUUUGGGGAAAUGUGUAUCAGUAUAUUUAGUGAGGAGGAAAAAGUAAACAUUUGUAUUUUAAACAAUGUAUAGGUGUAUUUCACUUGUAAAAUAGUUUAUUCAUAAGACUUGAUAGAUAAAUACUAUUUAGGUUAAUUUAAUCUUUUUAAAUUUACUAGGAAAGUAUGUAAAGGAAUAUUAUAAUAAAUCCCUUGGCAAAGUCAAGAAUCUUUUUACAACAAAAAAAUAAUUUCUGAAAUGUAUCUGUCUUGUAAAUCCAGAUUUGUCAUAUCUGAAAGAUUUUUUGUUUUCUUUUUAAAUAAAGUACUUCUCUCCCUCUUUUUGGUUCCUGUACAAAAAACAAAACAAAACAAAACAAAAACCAAAUGGUUAUUUUGACAACCCUUCCAAAGUUCUUGUACCAGAUGCUUUCACGAUUUUAAUAAAUUCAAUUCAAUGGAUGUUUAUAAAGUGAUUACUAUAUACAAAGUCCUGUGUAUCGGGAUCCAAGGAAGAUGCAAGAUAAAAUAGGUAGUAGCAGUGAUGAGGUCAGGGUAGCAGUUUCUAGUUUGAAAUAAACAUGUGAUACAUUCCCAAUGGCCAUUCUCUUUCCCAAAAGGCAGAUUUAUUUAGGAGAAAUUACAGACAAAAUAAGAGAGAAAAUAGGCACCAGGGAUGGUAAAUAUGAAGUACAGUUGGGGAAGCAAUAAUGCUUCCCCAUCAAGGGAAAGAGUUUGGAAGAAUCCAAUAAAGGAAAUGAGGUGAGGAUAUGCCAUUUAUCGGCAGCUUAGAUCCACAGAGGAGUUUAGCAGGCUAACCAAAGUAGCUGGCUCAAGGAGAAAGCCGCCAUUAAAGGGAGGACAUUAUGAGGAAGGAGAGAGAGUAUCUCAUAGAGGGCUUAGCCCUGAAAAGGACUUAGCAAAGAUCUUCAUCAUGGACACAUCUUUGAUAGGGAAAGUACAACUCUGGGUAUUUCUCAGGGGAGGAAGGGAAGUACCAGGAAAGAAUUGGGUAGCUCAGGAGGCAAUCAAGGAGGAGCCAGAUGGAAUACUUGGCAGAUCAGGUCUUAGACCUGUCUAAAGAUUUCCUAAUCAAUGUCUCAAAGUUUGUUUACAGAGACCCAGAGGUCUGAGGGAUAGACAGAGGAGGCUGAUAAAAAGUUCCAGUCCUAUAAAACACUUUUAAACAGGAUGUCGUGGGACUUUUUCCCUGAUUAGAUAUUUCUGACAAGAGAAGAGUAAGCUCAAAAGUCUACAUCAGCAGAAAUCUUCUGCUAGAAGUUCUCCUCUGUUAAAGGAAAUUAGAUAUAUACAUAUAUAAAACUAUAAUACAAAAGAGAAUGUAACAAAUGUACAACAUUGAUCCAGUCAUAUUAAUGUUCAGAAAAGGGCAAGAUCUUUUCCAGCUCAUGAAUCAUAAUGACAUAUGACAUUAUGAUGCCAUAAUGACAACUGAAAAGGAUCUCGGAGAUUAUCUAUUCCAAGUACCUCAUUUUAUACACCAGGGAUGUUUUCCUGGGAGGGAAGCAAGUAGGAUGAGAACAUUCCAUGAUUAUCCAAUAUAGAGCCAACACAUGGCAGUGAUUAGGGCAAUCACUGAUCCUGAGGGAAUACUCUCAUCCAAAAACAAAAAUUAAGCAGAGUACAAAUUAGGAUAUAAGUGAGAAUGUAAAUGAGAGAUUGGGCCAGGGCAGAACUCAAGAGUUUCUUGAGAACUCGAGGUCCAAUGAACUAAGACAGAUAUAGGAAAGUAAACUGGAAUGGAAGCUUUGAGCCAUAAGGUUAUACACAGAAAUCAGGAAAGAGAGAGAAGAAUAAAGAUGGUAGUUUAGCAGGAAGUAGAGCCAAAUUAUCCCACACAACUCUUCUACAAAGAACUAGAAGAUAAAGUCCUAUUAAGAAAACCCAGUAAAACGCCACAGUGAAUAAUUCUCACCAGAUUGACCUCAGAAGAUGGGCAAAUCCAUAGGCACUGAGAAUAGCGUUUAGCUAGGAACAGUUUUACACAAAACAAUACAGUGCAGAGAGCUGAGGGUUUGCAUCAGAAUAAGAAGAGAUCCCACAUCCAUGCAGAAGGAUCUGGAUCCACACAGCCUUAAGCUGAAGGAACAGGUAGACACCAUCUGGCAAGCUCUGCUGCUCAUCACUCAGUUUCUGGUCAUGGAUGCAGGACAUGUACCUUAGGUAGUGUACUGAAUAAGGAGCAAGUUCAGAAGCAGGUUCAGAAUCCAGGUGCAAAUCGGAGUAGGAGUCUAGUUCCAACCCACAACCUGAAAUCUUGCAAGAAAAUAACCGGAGCAGGAAUCCAAGAUCAUUUGGAGAGUACUCAAAGCUUAGAGCACCCUAUCCUGAUCUGUCUCUUGAGAUCAUGGAAUGAUAACAAUAUUUCCAAAAAACUAGCAGGAAUCAAGUGCAUACAAGCUCAUUAAGACAUUUUUCUCAGAAGUAAACAGAGCCUGGACUUUACAUAAAGCUGCAAGAAUGAACAGUCAAAAGAAAAAUCUUUCCAUAGAGUCUUUAUAAGAGGGAUACUUUAUAAUAGGGAUACUAAAAACACAAACCCAAAAGUAAAUAACUUCAAAACAUCUAUAAGUCCCAAAGAAAAACAGGUUGUACAAAGUUUAGAAUUCCUAAAAGAGAUACAGUAAGAGAUGUUUUUAUAAAUUUAAAAACUAUUUUAUAAAAUAUGAGUCCUUGAGGGAAAAAUGGAGGGAGGAAAUGAUAAUAGUAGUAGAAGAAUUGGAACUAGAAUUACAACUUGAAAUAAUAGAUACCAAAAAAUAGAUACCAAAACUUAAACUCCUCAAGUAUUAGAAUAGACCAAGUUAAAAUUAAUUACUCCAUAAAGCAAGAUAUAAAAACAAAGUUCAAAGACAGAAAAAAUGGAAAAAAUUAAGGUACAUCACAGCCAAAACAACUAAGUUGGAAAUCAAAUCAAUGAGAGAAUAAAGAUUUAAGGAUCAUUAGACUACCUGAUAUCUUCUAAAUCUAUGAUCUAAAAAAAAAAAAAGGCCUACACUCUUUAAAAAAAAAAAAA